AUGGGAACAAAUUUUGACACUACUUUUGAGACUCUCAUGAAUGGAAUGACCAGCUGGGAUCUUCCCAAAGAACCCAUUCCUAGUGAACUCCUUAUUGGGGAGGCUGCCUUCCCAGUGAUGGUGAAUGACCAGGUACUCAUUACUGCCUUUUCCUAUGGCCAAGGCAGUCUGCUGGUCAUAUUCUAUGAGGGCUACCUGCCACAUGCUCAAUUCCCUCCAUUUCUUGUCAAUGCAGGGAGCUGGCUCUGCCCCUCCCCAGGGGCUCCCAUCACACUGUAUUCCUCCUUGGCAUCACUGGUAAACAUCCUAGAUUACUCUGGUCUAGAGGCACUGGUUUAGCCUGAGCCUGGAGAGGCUCUGGGUGUUUACUGCACUGAUACCUACAAUGACAGUUUGACUGAGAAGCUGGUCCAGUUUGUGAAGCAUGGUGGGGGCUUGCUCAUCGGGGGCCAGGCCUGGUAUUGGGCCAGUCAACAUGGCCAUGACAAUGUGCUGUCCAGUUUCCCCGGAAACCAAGUGACAAGUGUGGCUAGCGUGAACUUCACAGAUGUCUAUGGAGAUGUAGACAGAUUCAAGGUCUCUAAGAAGGUACCCAAGAUCCCACUCCACAUCAGCUGAGUGUGCCACAACAACCUCUUUUGGGCCCAGCCUACUGCAGAUGGGAAUGUAGCAGAAAUCAGAAUAGACUGUGUGAUACCAUGCAUAUCAGUGGAAAAAUCAGCAGAAGGAACUCCUACACCAGUUACAGAGACAAGGAACUACUACUUUCAAAAGGCUUUCUGUAAGUUCCAGGCUAUGUUGAAACACAAGGGUGGGAACUUGGAAAAGAAGUGUUUGGCAAGGUUAGGAGUAGAUGACCCAGGCUUCCUUCAGAUUCCUGCACAGGGUGUUCCUGCUUAUAUAUCUCUGCAUCGGCUCCUGAAGAAGAUGCUGUGACAAGCUGGCCUUCCAGAGGUGAGCAAAAAUCCAAUUUCUAGUCACUCCUGUGAGGCUGCAAUGUUCCAUCUGACCACAGAACUGGCACAUUCUGGGACUGAUUGCUCCCAACUAUCCCAUGGACUUGGUACUCAGACCAGCUCCUCCAAUCUCUGCCCCUCGGAGCACCCAAUCACUGUGGAGAUCAAUGGAACCAAUCCAGGUAACAGUGAUGCCUGGAUGAGCACUGGUCUCUACCUUCUGGGAGGACAAAGCGCAGAGGUCUCUCUCUCUGAAGCUGCUGCCUCUGCUGGCCUGAAGGUGCAGAUUGGAUGUCACACUGAUGACUUAAGCAAGGCCAAGAAGCUAUCUCGAGCCCCUGUCGUAACUUGCAAAUGUCGUAUAGACAAAACACAACAGUCAGUCUCCUGCCGCUGGGGUGGUCUCCUGUACAUCAUUGUGCCCAAGGACUGUCGGCUUGGACCUUUCUCUGUUACCAUCAAGAAAGCAGUACCUGCCCCAUACUACCAGCUAGGGAAGACAUCACUGGAGGAGUGGAAGAGCUGUAUCCAGGGUAAUGUGGGCCCCUGGGGAGAACUGGCUACAGACAACAUCAUCCUGACAGUACCAACUGAAAACCUCAAGACUCUGGAGGAUCCAGAACCUUUGCUGCAGCUCUGGGAUGAGAUUAUGCAGGCUGUGGCGAGGCUGGCAGCCCAGCCCUUCCCUUUCCAAAGACCUGAGAGAAUCGUCGCUGAUGUGCAGAUCUCAGUUGGCUGGAUGCAUUCAGGCUACCCCAUCAUGUGCCAUCUGCAGUCUGUGCAGCAGCUUGUCAGUUUGGCAAACAUGAGACGUAAGGGCCUGUGGGGGCCCAUUCAUGAGCUGGGUCACAAUCAGCAGCGCCAUGGCUGGGAGUUUCCUCCCCACACCACUGAGGCCACCUGCAAUCUCUGGUCAGUCUAUGUGCAUGAGACAGUCCUGGGGAUUCCCAGGGCUAAGGCUGCUCUCGAAUUGAAACCUAAAGAACGAGAGAAGAGGAUCAGAGACCAUCUUCAGAUGGGAGCACCCCUGUCUAACUGGAAUGUCUGGACAGCACUGGAGACAUAUCUGCAGCUCCAGGAGACCUUUGGGUGGGAGCCAUUCAUCCAGCUCUUUGCUGAAUACCAAACCCUUUCUGAUCUCCCCAAGAACAAUGGGAGCAAGAUGAACUUAUGGGUGAAGAAGUUCUCUGAAACCGUGCAGAAAAACCUGGUCCCCUUCUUUGAAGCCUGGGGCUGGCCUGUCCAGAAGAAAGUGGCUGAGAGCCUGACCCACCUGCCCUCCUGGCAGGAUCACCCCAUGAAGGUGUACAUGAGUGUGGAGAAGUAAGGGAUGUGGAGCAGGAGGGUCAGUGGUGAAGUGGGAUGAGAAAGGACCACACUGCCA